AUGGAAUGGGCUGCCGUUCCGUAUGGGGCGGGGGUGCUUUCCAGGCCGCUGGUGUUUGGUUCCGUAGGUUUUUUGUUGCCGCCAAUGCUCUUUGGCGCCGCGCGAACCCUUACAGCGCUUCCCCCUCCUAAAAGCACGUGCCGUGCCGCUCUCGUUGGGUCGCUCUUGUGGAAUUUUUGUGAGGGCCCCCAAUCGAUUGUUAUAGUCCUUUUUUUGCGUGGGUGCUCCGCUAAAAUUUCCUUCUGGAGAAGCGUGAUUUCGCCCCAACGACUGGCGGUUGACCAAGCCAGCGUUAAAGCGACGCGUUCCCGUUCGUGCACCGUUGCGCCGUCGGUGGUGCCGAGCCCCCGGCGGAAUAUGGGUCGUUCUUGUUUGCUGGGGUCACUGGCCGCUGCCUUCUGGAGGCUAACAAAAAAAAAUUUGCGCCGGUGUUUUCCAUGCUAA